AUGGCCCAUGGGCAGAACCACUAUGUGCCGGCAUUGUCUCUAAAGCCUCCGAGUCCUCAUCCCAACCCCGAUCCAAGAUACUCGAAGCUCGACGACGAGGAGAAGCAAGACUGGGCAUGGCAGUACUACGGCUAUCCAGGCCUUUCGCAAUGGAUGGGGUCUUCCAACGACUUCUUCCUGCUCAGAAAAUUUUCCGCCUUGAACGCCAGAGCGUUGUUGUACCUGCAGAAUGAGAUCUCGCAGAAAGAACGAAUGAUUGAAGAAUGGGAUCAUUUUACCAUGCAGUGCCCCCCGGGAGAAGGGGGAUGUGGAAGCUUCAGAAAAGACCAAGCUAGCCAACUCACCAGGGCUCGGAGUCACCUGCUGAUUGAAAGUAUUCCGCUGUUGAGGGAUUACUACAACCUCGUGAACGCUUACGCACCCAUCAAGACCAGACCGACUGCCAGCGAUGACCAACGCAACAACUUGAUAAAUUGGUUCAUCAAUCAUCCGAAUGCGAUUGAUGAUGAGGAGAAGCUCUUCAUGGAUCCAGCUCGUAGAGGCGAUCUCUUCCCGAUUGUGUCGAAACAAAAGCCGCCGCUUGCAGUCUGGCUGGAGAAGGUUCGUUUUUUCCGAUUGCCAUUUGGACUGAGGAAACGGCCGGAUCGAGUGGAGGCAGAAGAGACACGCUAUCACAGCGCGACAGGAGUAGAGAUUGCUAGCAGCGUUGUCAUUAUCGUAGUCGGCCUGGGCCUGCUUUUCGGACCAAUGUGGUGGCUCAACUAUGUGUCGGACGAUCGAUAUCGACUAAGCAUCAUCACAGGCUUUGUCUCUCUCUUCGCAACAUGGUUGUGGAUGGCGGCAGGUCCACGAGCAUUCGAGAUCCUUGCUGGAACAGCGGCAUACGCAGCCGUGCUGAUGGUCUUUCUGCAAGUUCAAAAGGAGGCAUAG